CGAACCGCUGAGCGGGCGUAUAUUGAACGACGCGCCACCAUGGGUCGCAUGCACAGCAGCGGCAAGGGCAAGUCGUCCUCUGCCAUUCCAUACAAGAGGUCUCCGCCCUCAUGGUGCAAGACCACGUCUGCCGAGGUGCAGGACAUGAUUUGCAAGUUCGCCAGGAAAGGCAUGACCCCUUCGCAAAUCGGCAUCAUUCUGCGUGACCAGCACGGCGUGCCGCUGGUCUCGACUGUGACUGGCAGCAAGGUUCUGAGGAUUCUUAAGGGUUCUGGCCUGGCCCCUGAGAUUCCGGAGGACCUGUACUUCCUGAUUAAGAAGGCUGUGUCUAUCCGCAAGCAUCUGGAGCGCAACCGGAAGGACAAGGAUGGCAAGUUCCGCCUCAUUCUGGUGGAGAGCCGUAUCCACCGCCUGGCUCGCUACUACAAGCGUGUCCGCAAGCUGCCGCCUAACUGGAGGUACGAGUCGUCGACCGCCUCGACCCUCGUCUCCUAAACGGCGGCCACAAAUUCUGCGAGGGGAGAGGUCACAGCGCUGCGGUGGAAGUUUAUCUGGUGUCGACCGGUGUCGCUCUAGCGAGGCUUGGUAUUGCAGCGCCGCUGCACGUGGUGUGGUGGGCGCACUGCAAGGGUUUGUAACACUGGAUGGACAUGGCUGUGUCGUACCAUUUCCUAUAUUUUCAUGCACACUUAAUUUCUUUCCGAU